AUGGCAUCAGAGGCUCUCGGCGAGGCUGACACGAGCUCUGCUUCGAACGCGCCGUCGGACAAGGCUGCGGCUGCGGCUGCGGCUGCGCUGCCAGUCAGCGACAACGGCGCCAACAACCAGCAGACGCACGCGUCGGAAUCGCAAGCAGAUGCGAAUGGCCAGCAGCAGAGCAACGGCGGCGACAAGGACAGCAGCGGGAGUACAGCAUCGCAGGGAUCGUCUGCUCAUAAGGCAAACGUGGUGUUAUGCGGCGUCUGUGGAAGCAAUCCUGGGAAAUACAAAUGCUCACGAUGCCGUCUUCCUUACAAAGCCCAUCAGCAAAACCAUCCGCCAGACGCCCCGAAAGAAGAGCCCAAGCCGACGAAUCAGUCCUCGAGCGAGCCGCCGGCAGCAAGCGCAAACGUGCCUCCGCAGGCUGCCAUCGAUCCGACGAAUCCCUUUAGCGUUCUGGCGACAUCAGAUAAGCUCCAGCUCCUCUUCAAGAAGUAUCCCAACCUACCAAACCAGCUUCUCGAGAUCCACGCGGCGACUCAGCCGCCGUCAGAUGGCCCAGACGCUGCGGCCAGAGCCAUACCCGCGUCGCUCAGGGAGGGCCUUCCAGUGAACACGGGCAGGAAUACUUGGAACCACGACAUUGGAAUCAAGAACGGCAAGGCAGCGUUACGAAGGGCGCGCAAGGCCGACGGCGAAGACGGCGAGGCGAUACGAGAAUACACCGAGCUGAUUGUGCACAUCAUGAACGAGACGGAGGACAGGAACAGCACCGCUGCCUACGUGCAACGACAGGUUGCUGAGCAAGACACGGCCCUCAUUGAACGUCUACUUGCCGAAGAGCGACGUCGCGCAUAA